AGCUAAGCUAGUUGCUUUGUGUGCUAAUACACAUGCUGUUAAUUUUUUUUGUAAUAAAUAACAAUUUAUUCUCGCUUAAGAUAACCAGAAUCACACCUUUUAAAAUAAUCCUCAGCAGGACUUUCAGGUUGUUGCUGCUACAGCGGGGUGAACAUGGAUACAGAUCAGGUCGGAGUGGUCAGAAACUCAAUGAAGAACAAUCCUCUUACAAUAAAGCCUACACUUGGAAAGACCAAAUCCAGAGGAUUGUGCUAUCCAGGACCGGAUUUUGUUUAUGGGGCAGUGACCACCUUUCAAGAUGGAGGAGUGGCAGAAGCCAUUUCCAGUUGGCACACUCCCUCUUUAUCCUCCACUAGCUCUGCCCACCACAAAAAGGCAGAGCGAGACUUUGUAGCUCUAAACCGUGAGGGUGUGAAGUCAGGCCUGGUCACAGUCAAGGAGUUGCAGCAGUACUAUGCCACCCACAACAUCCGACGCCCAAUUGCUUCCAAAGACCUAAGAUGCAGAUCUGUUUCAGCAAGAAUACCACAGGACAUCACAUUUGGUCUUGCUACACGGCCUUCCACUCCUAUUUCAGCACUGAUGGAGUACAGGUACGCUCAGAAGUGGCUGGAGGAACAACAGGCCAAGGACAGAGCACUUCUGGCAGCACAGAAUAAAAAGGUUCAGCUUGGGAGGAUCCAGGAUACUCGUACCACCCUGCUCCGUAAAAAUCGCCCCCAAGAGGAAGUGCCAUCUAUGUGGAAACUGCCCCGCUUUCAGCAAGUUGGACCAGCUCUGGACACUUUCCGAGAUCCUGAAGCACGGAAGAAAGCCAUGGCAGCUCACUUCAUGGACUCAGUGGGCAGACGAGGGCUGCUGGGACAAAGCACUGCAAACUGACAGAUUUAGACAGCACAAUUAUUAUCUCUAUAAUCUAGAGUCUAUCCUUCUAAUCAACUGUACUUAAUCUAUCAGUCUGGACACUGAGUAACAGAGAUAACAGAAUGAGCUGCAUGUCAGUUGCUUGCUGAAUUGUUACUUACUUGGUUUGACUCUAAUUAAAGCUAUACAUUUUCCACCC